UAUUACACUUUUUUUUUUUAUUAUCGGUACACCUACUUCAGAAUAUUAAUAUCAUUAAGCUAGGAAAAAGAAACCGGAAUUAAAUAUAUAAAAAUGAGAUCGAUCUACAUGGCGCUCAUUUUAUCUUGUUUAUGUGCUUUGAUAACCGCGCAGAACCCCAUCUGUGGCAUAAAGGCCUCUUUUGUGGGAAAGUGCAAGGGUUUCGCCUACAUACCGAGGAAGCAUAGGUGUGUAAGGAUAACUGGUGACUGCUCCGGAAGGGGUAACUUCUUCAAACGAUUGGAGGACUGCAAAGCCAAUUGUAUAGAUAUUUGAAGAUCAUAGAAAAGGGUAACAGGACGUACAGUUUGGACGAAUUACAUCUUGAAUUUAAUAAAACUGAAUACCAAUACAUAACGUAUCUUACUCCA